UAGUUUCGUCGGUGUCAAAAUAUAGAAUUUGAGUAGGCAAGAGAAGAUUGAAUCAAAAUAAUUCCUUUUUUUUAAGUAAAGUUCUAUUUCUGUCAGAGGGCAAUAUGAAUGGUAUAUCAAACGCACUAAACGGGUUAUACGAUAUCUCUGGUGUGGAAGUAGGCCAACAUUUCUAUUGGCAAAUAGCAGGUUUCCAAGUCCAUGCCCAAGUACUUAUUACCUCUUGGGUUGUAAUUGCUAUCUUAUUAGGUUCCGCCGUUAUCGCUGUUCGGAAUCCACAAACCAUUCCAACCGCCGGUCAAAAUUUCUUCGAAUAUGUUCUUGAAUUCAUUCGAGACGUAAGCAAAACUCAGAUUGGAGAAGAAUAUGGUCCAUGGGUUCCCUUUAUUGGAACUAUGUUUCUAUUUAUUUUUGUUUCUAACUGGUCGGGUGCUCUGUUACCUUGGAAAAUCAUACAAUUACCUCAUGGAGAGUUAGCCGCACCCACGAAUGAUAUAAAUACUACUGUUGCUUUAGCUUUACUCACGUCAGUAGCAUAUUUCUAUGCGGGUCUUUCAAAAAAAGGAUUGGGGUAUUUCAGUAAAUACAUUCAACCCACUCCAAUUCUUUUACCUAUUAACAUUUUAGAGGAUUUCACAAAACCCUUAUCACUUAGUUUUCGACUUUUCGGGAAUAUAUUAGCUGAUGAAUUAGUAGUUGUUGUUCUUGUUUCUUUAGUACCUUCAGUCGUCCCUAUACCUGUCAUGUUCCUUGGAUUAUUUACAAGUGGGAUUCAAGCUCUUAUUUUUGCAACUUUAGCUGCGGCUUAUAUAGGCGAAUCCAUGGAGGGUCAUCAUUGACUAGUUUUUGUUUUUGAAAUAGUCUAGCCCUUUUUUAGCUUAGCUUGGUCCAAUCCAAUGUAUGCGCAACUCAAGAUAAUCUACUUACUUAGGGACCAUAAAUAUACAAAUACGACGAUCUAGAGUAAUAACAAAAAAGAUUACGAUAUUAGAGAAUUGUAAUAAAAAAAGGAAAGAGAUCUAAUUGAAAAGAUCUUUUUCCUAAAAUUCAGGGUUGGUCCAUUUUUUUUAUUACUUAUAUUUAUAUCAUAUUUACCUUCGAUCAAUAUUAUCCGAUCAAUAUUAUCUUUAUCUUGAUAUUGUUUUUGUUUAUUCAAUUUCAAUAUUAUGAGUCCUAAUUAGAAUAGGAAUUCUUAUGGUAUCAAUUUAGGGUCUAUGAUUUUAAAAAAGCUGUUCUUUAUAUAGAUAUAGAAUGAUUCCCAUUUCAGUCGAUUUCUUCAUUCAAUUCAAUGAUUGACCAAAAGAAAUUUUUUUUUUCAUAAAUAAUAAAAUAAAUUGCAUGAACUUAGCUCAAUCAAAUACUGAUAUUGAUGUUUUAUUUCUAUGCAAUGAUUUGGUCUAAUGAAUUCGUCCAUUUAGAUUGUAUCCAUGUGAGAUAAUGCUAAAUAAAAAAUAAAAGGAAGAGACGAAUUUACAUUACAAAAAACGAUAUAAAAAAAAAAUGAUUAGGAAAAAAAGGGGGGGGGGGGGUAAAAUUAGGUAUAUGGAAUCUAAUGGCUAUAAGACAGCUCUUGUCUAUCCUUUGAGGAAUAAUUCUAGAAUCCAAUUGAAUCUAAGACAUGAAUAGUUGGUUUACGUUAUGUAAGAAACACAUGUAUAUGGGAUAUUAGAUAUUGACUAGUUAUAUACGAACAUAUUGACUAGUUAUAUACGAACUCAAAAUAUAUCUAAUCCAACCUACUACUGUGGAGUUAGAUAGGUAUUCCAAUAGAAGAAUAGAAGUUCCUCUGUUUCGUCUUUGCUUUGAAUUGAACGAAUAAAGAGAUAAAAUAAAGACAAAAACGAAGAAUUCAAAGCAAAGAAUGGGUUGGAAAAAAGAAAGG